UUUGGAAAGGCCGCUGGGUGUCUUCCAGUGGCAGGGCUGGCAGCUGGGGAGAAGAGCCAGGCCCUGGUACAGCUCCUGUUGCUCUGCCCUUAAAAGCUGAACCACCUCCUCCAGCACCACCAUGGCACUUCUAGGGAGAGGGAAUGAGGAGGGGCUCUGGGACGUGGACUCUGAUCCCAGAGGGACCUUGGGCACACUCCUGCCCUGUCCUUGGUGUGCUCAGCUGUAAAAUGGGGACGAGAUUCUGCGUAGCCGGCCUUCCAGGAGCUGCGCUGGAGGGUGAUCUAGGGGCACUUUGUGAGGGGCAGAGCAGCAGGCAGGUGUCGCCAGCCAGGGGCCGAGUUCUGCUCCCUGGAGUCAAGCUGGCGGCGCUGCAGCCACCACUGGACCCACGGCUGUCCUCAGCCAGCCCCAUGGGCCGCGGGGCCACCUGACCUCCCCAUGGCCCUGUGCACGAAUGUCCAGGUCAUGGACGUUCCUGAGAAACUGCCGUCUGAUCUCAGCCAAAGUCAAAUAGCUGCCCAUACUGAGUUCUGCCCAUCUGCCAGGUGCUGUCCGAGGACCGGCACCCUGGGAGGUAGGAAGGGGCAUGAGCUCAGUGAAUUAGAAGAGAAAACCAGGCCUGGGAGCUUGAGUAACUCACCUAAGGUCAUGCAGCCAGUGAGGAGCCAGUGUGCAAACCCAGGAGGUGCUGUGUGUGUGUCUGGGUCAGGUGGAGGGGUGUGUGUAUUGUUGGGAGCAGAGGCUGAGAGCCAUCUGGCAGGUGAAGCAGUCUCCCCAGUCCCUGCCCCCUCUCCCCGCCACCGGUCAGGAAGCAUACAGGACUGGCUCUCUACAAGUCCUUUCGGUCCCCCAAGCCUUGCCAGAGAAGGACAGGCAGAGACAGGGCUGACUCUUGUCACCACCAUGAGCGAGGCAUUCGACUGUGCCAAGUGCAGCGAGUCCCUGUAUGGCCGCAAGUACAUCCAGACAGACAGCGGCCCCUACUGCGUGCCCUGCUAUGACAACACCUUCGCCAACACCUGUGCUGAGUGCCAGCAGCUUAUUGGGCAUGACUCAAGGGAGCUGUUCUAUGAAGACCGCCACUUCCACGAGGGCUGCUUCCGCUGUGGCCGCUGCCAGCGCUCGCUCGCCGACGAGCCCUUCACGUGCCAGGACAGCGAGCUGCUCUGUAACGACUGCUACUGCAGUGCCUUUUCCUCGCAGUGCUCCGCCUGUGGGGAGACCGUCAUGCCUGGGUCCCGGAAGCUGGAGUACGGAGGCCAGACGUGGCAUGAACACUGCUUCCUGUGCAGCGGCUGUGAGCAGCCGCUGGGCUCCCGCUCCUUCGUGCCCGACAAGGGUGCUCACUACUGCGUGCCCUGCUAUGAGAACAAGUUUGCUCCUCGCUGUGCCCGCUGCAGCAAGACGCUGACCCAGGGUGGAGUGACGUACCGCGACCAGCCCUGGCAUCGCGAGUGCCUGGUGUGCACCGGGUGCCAGACGCCCCUGGCAGGGCAGCAGUUCACCUCCCGGGAUGAUGACCCCUACUGUGUGGCCUGUUUUGGAGAACUCUUUGCACCUAAGUGCAGCAGCUGCAAGCGCCCCAUCACAGGACUCGGUGGGGGCAAGUAUGUGUCCUUCGAGGACCGCCACUGGCACCACAGCUGCUUCUCCUGCGCCCGGUGCUCCACGUCCCUGGUGGGCCAGGGCUUCGUGCCGGAUGGAGACCAAGUGCUGUGUCAGGGCUGCAGCCAGGCAGGGCCCUGAGCCUUCAGAACCAGGGCUCCAGGACUACGGCCCCUCUUCGCAACCCCCUCUGGGACCCAGCCCUUCCCCCAAAUGGGGCUCCCCCUGCCCCCAGCGACCUCUAACUGGUACUCCCCAAUCCAGACCUGGACUCCAGGACCCAGCCCUCUCCUCCGUAGUCGGGGUUCUCAGAGCAAGCCCACUCCCCACAUCAGGCCUGUAGACCCCAGCCCUUCAAACCUGAACUCUGGGGACCUAGAGCCCCCUUAAAUCUGGACUACUCUCCAGAGAUUUUAGGUGUCUUGCAGGAGCCUGGGAAGUCCUCCAAAUGGACUGUACUCAGGCUUGAGCCCUGGCCCAUCCCACCCCGGUCCCCUGGGCUGCGGGGAGGGGGCUGUCUGGGCUGCACCUGGGGAGGCUCCCCCAGUUAAGGGGCUCUGGGGUACAGGUGCUGCCCAGGCUGUGUCUGUCGAGUGUCUUCUCGUUUUAUUUCAGCUGCAUUUUGCCCAGAGAUGGGCAGAGGGGGUGGGAUUAGCCCUGCCCUCUUCCAGAUUCUGCAAUAAAGCAGUGUGAGGAA